UUAAUCCCAGACUUUACAUUUUAUUUUACAAUUAAUAUAUGCAAUCAGUUUAAUUAUCAACAUUAGUUUCAAAAUAUUUGCUAAAAUAUUACCUCAUCCUUGUUUAAAGUAAAGAAACAAUUUAAACCUUAUAUUUUCGUUACUGAUUGCGUCCUAACCUUAUUUCAACAUACUAUAAAUAAAUAAUACUCAAUCUAAACAAAUGUGGAAUUAGUGAAAACUGAUUAAAUGUUUUUCAUAUUAUGCUGAAGAGAAUGACUGAAAUAGACGUGAAACAAGGUCUUAAGUUGGUUUUAUCAAAAAUUGAGGAAGCAUCCAACAAAAGAAGUGCUGAAUUACAAGUUUUAGAACCAAGGUUAGUAGCUGUAAGUAAAACAAAACCAGCAAACUUAAUUGUAGCAGCCUAUGAAGAAGGCCAAAGACAUUUUGGAGAAAACUAUGUCCAAGAACUAGAAGAGAAAGCCAACAAUCCACUAAUUUUAGAGAAAUGUAAAGAAAUAAAAUGGCAUUUAAUAGGUCACCUCCAAUCAAAUAAAGUUAACAAAGUACUAUGUCUUCCCAAUUUGCAUCUUAUAGAAACAGUUGAUUCUCAAAAGUUAGCAUCCACACUUAACAAAAGCUGGCCAAAAUUUGGGUCACCUGAAUCAAAAUUAAAUAUAAUGAUUCAGGUGAAUACCAGUGGAGAAGAUGAAAAAAGUGGAAUUCUUCCAACACAAGUAUCUGAUGUAGCUCAAUUUGUUUUAAAAGAAUGUACCAAUUUAGAAUUAAAGGGACUAAUGACUAUAGGUAAAAUAGGGUAUGAUCCUGCUGAUGGGCCCAAUCCUGAUUUUUUACGUUUGAAGCAAUGCCGUGAUGAUCUUUGUCAGAAUUUAGGUCUCGAUUGGAAAAAUAUUGAAUUGUCUAUGGGGAUGUCGACUGAUUAUGAACAAGCGGUUGAAAUGGGUAGUACAAAUGUGCGAGUUGGAUCGUCGAUAUUUGGUUAUAGAGCACCUAAGCAUUCUUAGAAUCUGUGAAAUUUUGGAUGUGUUAUAACUUGUAUUGAAAAUAAAUGCUGUUGAUUUAAAUUUUGA